AUGCUACUGCAAAGGAAGACAUCGUUUCUCCGGGAGUCAGAGUUGGUACAUCAUAAUAAACACCACCUUUUGUCCCAUUCUGAACUACCAGAUUGGCUUCGCGGAAAUGAAUUUUUAUCCCAUUUCCAUAGACCCCCUAUGCCAUGUUUUAGAUCUUGCUUUAAGAGUAUCUUUAAACUUCACAGUGAGACGGGUAAUAUUUGGACUCAUUUGAUUGGUUUUAUUGCGUUUGUAUGCAUCACAUCGUACAUGCUUGUGCGACCCGUCACUGAGGCUUAUCCAUUUCCUGGAGACUGGCGUGAGAAACUUGUCUUCAGCUGCUUCUUCGUGGGUGCAAUCUUGUGUUUGGGAGUGUCGUGGAUUUUUCAUACUGUUUAUUGCCAUUCAAAGACCAUCUCCAAGAUAUUUCGCAGGCUUGACUACGCAGGAAUAGCAAUAUUCAUUAUGGGAUCGUUCAUACCUCCGUUAUAUUACGGUUUUUACUGUUCGAGAGUUUUGAAGAUUGUAUACAUGUCAAUGAUCUGUUCUCUUGGUGUCAUCUGCAUUAUUGUUUCCUUGUGGGACAAAUUCAGCGCGCCCCACUACCGACUAUUGAGGGCAGGUAUAAUGCUUUCAUUUGGUUACUGUGGAUUUAUUCCUGUGAUACAUCUCAUAUGUUUAUAUGGAAUAACUUUAGCAUACCGGCAGGCAGCGGGCGGCUGGGUUGCUCUGAUGUGUCUUCUCUACACUGCAAGUGCUGUUAUGUAUGCCACUCGAAUUCCUGAAAGAUUUUUUCCCGGCAAGUGUGACAUCUGGUUUCAGAGCCACCAGAUCUUCCAUUUACUUGUCCUGGCUGCAGCGUUUGUUCAUUUGUACGGAAUUUGUCAGAUGGCACAAUACAGAUUUGAAAAGGGACCUUCGUGCGAAAGUUGAACUUUGCCAGGAUCAUUCUUUCCAUCCAGGCACACUAUGAGAGGAAGAAGAAAUGGCGAGAACACGUACUUGUGAUAGAAUGCCUUGGUAUUUUAAGAGGGGGUCUGGGUCAUGGUCAUAAAAGGUCGCGAGCUAGGUCUCUCUAAACCGUGUUCACGCUUAGUGAGCCCAAAUAUUUUUUUGCUCAGUUAAAAGUGAAUCAAUCGGAAAGCGUUUGAGUAAAAGUUCCAGUAACUAUCGACUUUAGGUAAGACUCCGCAGAACUCAUGAUUUGAAGUGAUGCGUGUGAAGGAACUGCUUGGAAAGGAGAGUUAAAUUUCUGAGUCCUACGAUGGAACUGCUUCCUAAUGUUUGUGUGAGGAGGACACAAAGGCGAUUUUGGAUAACGCCACAGUAGAGGCGUUAGCGUUGUGCAUUUCGCUCGCGUAAGGGUGCUGAAGACUGAC